UCACGGGUGACGUUGGUUACGUUUCGUUGCGCCGCGCCGCGCCAAUCUGCUUUCUGGUGCGCGUGAAUUUCUGCCAGUGUUUUCUUGACGUCUUUGUGUUGUUAUCUAUUCCGAACACGAAAAAGAGCUCCACACCGCGACCGGACGAAACCCAACAGGUCAGACAUGGGGGCUUUGCUAUCCCGAUGGAAGACUAAACCAACCACAGUUGAGCAACUGGAGAAUCUGGACAAGGAGAUCAAAGAGCUGGAAGAGUUCAGAGCCAAAAACCAGCGUUUGCAAAAGCUGUGGGUCGGACGGCUGCUUCUGUACUCGUCCGUCCUCUACCUCCUCACCUCUCUGCUCGUCUAUUUCCUCUACUUUCCUGAAGAAUGGUCACAGAGAGUAGCCAUGACCCUGCCCUUCUUUGUUUAUCCUGUGCUAGUCUGGGCGAUAAGGAAGUUUUUGAUUUUCCUCUUCUCCAAACGCACAGAGAGGAACAAUGAUAAACUGGAAGACUUGAAAGCUGCUAGGAAGAAGAUCCUGGAGGACGUGAUGGAAACGGAGACGUACAAAAACGCCAAACUGAUCCUGGAGCGCUUUGACCCUGACGCUAAGAAGAAAGCUGAACUGGAGUCGACUCCGGUGCGUCCUCAAAUGACUCCCAGACCCGGUCAAGGUAACCCCCCCCCCAAUGUUCUAACCCCAAGCGAAGGCCUGACGACUUUUCUAAAAGAUCAGAUGUUUCGAGCAGAGAUCCGACAGAGGGGGGUUCCAAUGAGACCAACACCGAUGGGCACCCCCGUUUCAAUGGCCAUGACCCCCCCACCUGGAGCACGGCCCCCACUGGGACCAGGAGGAACACCUGUGGCUCCAGGAGGACCGCCGGAGAAAUGCACCCCCUCCACCUCCAUCCACCACGGAGCGGUGCUGAGGACCGCCUGCUCCCCCGUUCCAGGAGUAGGCAUGCACCCCCCAGGUCCUCCCUUAGCCAGACCCAUCCUUCCCAAAGACAGAGGAACUCUGGAUAGAGUUCUGGAGUUCUUGGUAGGAGAUGGACCACAGAACAGAUACGCUCUGAUCUGUCAGCAGUGUUUUUCUCACAACGGCAUGGCUCUAAAGGAAGAGUUUGAGUAUGUUGCUUUCCGUUGUGCGUAUUGCUACUUCAUGAACCCGGCGAGGAAGACUCGGCCUCAGGCUCCCAGACUCCCAGAGUUCAGUUAUGAGAGGAAGCUCAGAGCAGAGCUGCGCUCUCCAGGACCUGUUCAGCGCCCUGGGACAGAACCGGAGGAUAGCGCGCCCCCUUCUGGAGAUGAGAAGGAAAUGGAAGAAGAGGAAGGACAGAAAACGCCCACAGAGACUGAGAGCCAAUCCGAGGGUCAACCGGAGCAGCAGCAGCCGCAUGACGAGGAGGAGGAAGAUGAGGGUCGGGGUCAGGAAGAGGAAGAACGUCGCUAUGAAGCACCAGAGACGGAAAGUGGAGAGUUGUAGUGUCAGAGUCUGGAUGAAGAUGAAGGUGUCAGCGUUCUGCUAGUGCUUUGAUGGGGGGUGUCAGAGAAAAGCAUCUCUGACAAUAAAGGUUUGAUAAUAAAUGUUCACAUUAGUGCUUGAUCUGCUGCAGUGUGCUGAUGAUGAGGAGGAGAGCGUGACUUGGAAUAUGUCCGUCGCAUCUUAAGGCUUUUUCUUGAUGCUGACAGUUUCCUGUUUAGCUCCUUUUAGUUUAAAGAAGCUUGAAGGUUUUGUUGCUUUAGGUUUAGGCAGAAUAGCUGCUUAGUCCUCUGCAGCAGGAAAACCUUCAGGUCUGGAGCUUUUAAGGAUUUGAGCAGACAGUUGGUACUGCAGCUUUUGUCUCCCUUCCUUUCGGAGGAGAGUUUUUCCCUGAUGCAUGUGAGCAUUUCGUCAUUCUGAAGGUUGUGCAGCUACAAAGCUCCUGUCUAAAAUAUGAGUGGAGAGCUGCUUUUAUUUUUCCUCUGAAACUGCAGACGGUUUGUUUUUCUGUCUGCUUUUCAUGACGCGAACACACUGAAGCUCUGAAAGAGAAAACGGCAGAAUCUUUUGUCUUUUGGAAGCAGGUUGAACUGAAGAACGGCACAAACUUCAGCUGAAAACUGCCGGUCCUUUAACAAACGUUUUGCUGCUUUUUCUGCCAUUUCUCUUAUUUAUUUAUUUAUUUGGCCAUUUUGGGUGAAGUUCACUUCAGGAAUUGCUCUUAAACACAGACGGAGGCGUUCAUUAGGCCCACUAGCAUUUAGAACCCUUUUUUUAAAUGUAUUUAAUGUGUUGCCAUGGUUACACGUGCCUUGUUUACUGCUGGUACGCUCAUCUGUUUACAGUUUAAGAUGUUUGUCUGCUAAAGAAUAGCUUUAUUUAGUCUUUAGUGUCUAUGCAAAAGCGGACAGUCGAGUCCGAUUUUUUUAUGCCACUUAGUUUUAGUGAAACAUUUGUAUAAAAAACAAAGGAAAACGUACGUUUUUGAUCAAGUGUUCACCUCCAAACAUGUAACUCCUAAUGUUUUCCUUGGCUCACACAAACUACAAAAUGUGAGCUUUUAAAUGUAUUAAAACGUCUGAUUUUCAACGUGUUUAUUUCCUUUAAGUCAAAUUUGUUCUUUGCCUUUCUGCCACAUUUUGUCGUAAAGAGUCGCAUGUUUAAUAAAGGUUUCACUCAUGAGCAG